AUGCAAGACCAUACCGUGGCUUUCGAAUGGUACACUAGAUCGGCCAACCAAGGAAACCCCAACGGUCAGAACGGCCUCGGUCUUUGCUAUUACAAUGGUCAUGGUGUCGAUCGGGAUUACAUCAAAGCUGUUGAAUGGUAUACCAAGGCUGCCCAUCAAGGUAACUCGCAUAGCCAGCACAGUCUCGGCCUAUGCUAUGAGUACGGCAACGGCGUUGCCCAAGACCACGCCAUGGCUUUCGAGUGGUACACGAGAUCGGCCAACCAGGGAAACUCCAAUGCCCAAUGCUGCGUCGGUCGCUGCUAUUAUAGCGGUAAUGGUAUCGACCGAGAUUAUGCCAUAGCGUUUGAGUGGUAUGCCAAAGCUGCCAGUCAAGGUAACCCGUAUGGUCAGCACAGCCUCGGCUUAUGCUAUGAGUACGGCAGUGGUGUCCGCCGAGAUUAUGCCAAGGCUGUCGAGUGGUAUUUUAAAGCCGCCGAGCAAGGAAACGCAGAUUCCCAGAGUGCGCUCGGCCAUUGCUAUUACAAUGGCGAUGUUGUCGACCAAGACUAUUCCGAGGCAUUCGAGUGGUACUCUAAAUCGGCCAAACAGGGCAAUGCUUCCGGCCAGAACGGUCUCGGUCUCUGCUACGAGUACGGUUAUGGCGUCGCCCAAAGCUGGACCCAAGCAUUCGAGUGGUAUACAAAGGCGGCCCAACAGGGAAAUGCAGCUGCCCAAUCCAAUCUCGGCAACUGCUAU